GAGAAUGAGGACAACAAACUGCAGCGGGAGCAAGUUGCGUACCGUUCUGUGGAUGGGUGUCGCGCUAACCCCGCGAGAAUAGGGGAUUACCCUGCCUUGUGAGAGGGAAUUUCCAUUGUGGCCUUAUUCAAGCACUUUUCCAACAGUUCAAGCUAGUCGCCGAAUUGAUUGUUGACGUCUGAGAGAGUCGACUUCUGAAAGUAACGAAUCUUUAGAGGGCCAACACUUUCGGCGUCUUUGUUGGCUGGACAAUAGGAUCAGCUCCGACCUUCCAUUAUCAUUCUGGGCUUCAGGUUGGGGCUGUAGCGUUGAGCAGUGUUGUGGAUAUUACAAGAUUUGGGGUCUGGCCAGCGCUUGGCAACAGAGACAUCCACGCAUCAUCAUGAGUUUCUUUUUCGGGGGCCGCUCGAACAAGACGUUCAAGCCGAAGAAGAACAUCGCCGAGGGCACGCACCAGUACGACCUGAUGAAGCACGCGGCGGCCACGCUCGGCUCGGGCAACCUGCGCCUGGCCGUGCAGCUGCCCGAGGGCGAGGACCUCAACGAGUGGGUGGCCGUCAACACGGUGGACUUCUUCAACCAGAUCAACAUGCUGUACGGCACCAUCACCGAGUUCUGCACGGAGGAGACGUGUCCUGUCAUGUCAGCAGGUCCAAAGUAUGAGUACCACUGGGCGGACGGCCAGACCGUAAAGAAGCCCAUCAAGUGCUCGGCACCCAAGUACAUCGACUACCUGAUGACGUGGGCCCAGGAUCAGCUGGACGACGAGACCACCUUCCCCAGCAAGAUAGGCGUGCCGUUUCCCAAGAACUUCUCGCAGAUCGCCAAGACGAUUUUGAAGCGAUUGUUCCGCGUAUACGCCCACAUCUACCACCAGCACUUCCACGAGGUGGUGAAGCUGCGCGAGGAGGCGCACCUCAACACCAGCUUCAAGCACUUCAUCUUCUUCGUGCAGUGGUUCAACCUGAUCGACCGGCGAGAGCUGGCUCCGCUUCAGGAGCUCAUCGACCGACUGACCGCCAAGGAACAGCAGCAGCAACAGCAACAACAGCAGCAACAGCAGCAACAGCAGCAACAGCAGCAGCAGCAGCAACAGCAGCAACAACAGCUGGCCGCCAGCAACGGGGGUGGGCUCCCUGUGAGCCCCGGCUUCCCGCCGCCGGCCGCGCCGGCCGGCCCCGACGCCCGGUGAGCUGCCCGGUGCGCUCCGUGACGCUUCGUGGCGCUUCGUGACGCCUCGUGACGUGGCCGGGAGCCUGCUGUUACGGUGGUGGCGGCGCGCGCCGCCGCAAGUGAUCUAAUGCGGCCCUCCCAGCGGUGACGUCACUUGGUGUGACGUCACUCGGUGUGACGCGGCCCGCGCGCGCGGUGUCAUUCGGUUGUGACCUUCGUGAUGGUGUCGCCGUCGCGCGGCGCGCCGUUUUGGUGACGCGGGUGGUCAGUCGCGGUGUGACGCGCGUCACGUCGCCCGCGCGUGACGGGAAUAACGUCACGCCGUGUGACGCGGCGUAGCGUGAUAGAGCUGACGUUGCGAAGACCGGCCCGGCCGUCCGCACUCGCCGAACCGUGAUAUGCCGGGCCGGCGGGCCUGACCAGGCAUCAAAACUGGCUGUCUGAACGGAGUGUUUUGUGGCCGUGUUCAGCUCGCUCUGACGUUACAUCUGGGUGGGUCUCCGUUCGCCUGUUUUUACGCCGAGCGACGGGAGCUGUUCAGGACCUGGCCGGUGACCGGCUGACCUUUUGUGACCUUUUGUGAGCUGUGCUGUCGCCUCAUUGUGACCUUGGACGGGACUGUAAGCUCGCCGGGUCUAGCUUUAUUAUGAGAAAAGUGGCCGUGGUGGGCACGGUGUUGUAGUGGCGUUCAAAAGGCGCCUGUUGGGGUUUGUGUCAUGACGUUUUCCUACUGACGGGGGGGAACUAUUUCUGCAGGCAUUCUUUUGUGCAAUGCCGGGCAACGAUACGUGCUGCCAGAUACCCUUCGGUCUGUGCACGUGUUAUCGGACGGAAAAACGCUGUUGAGCGUUACAGCACACCAUGCCGCGCGUCCGUAUCGUUUUGGGCAGACACCUGGUAGUGCUGGCUCGUGGCUUCUGAAACUGUGGCCGGCGUCUCCGCGUUAAGAUGCGGCCCUGGGUUUGACUGUUUCUCUCUUGUACAGCCCAAGACACGGAGGAAGUAGAUAAUACAGGUUUUGCUAUGCACUUAAGCGGAAUUUUGAACAAGUUACUGGAAGGAAAACUGCGCGAACUCCAUCAAAGCUCUUUCCUGUGGUGUCGGCCGGCCCCUCAGGCCCCAACCAAUCCGCUUUAAUCUGACAUCUCGGACUACCGUGACGCAGA